AUGACUUCACAGAUCUACAACCAGAAGAAGUUCGUGCCCACGCCGCCCGAGAAGGGUUCCUUCCCCCUGGAUCACGAAGGUCUCUGCAAGAAGCAGUUCCUGCUCUACGCCAGUUGCUUGCGAAGGAACGCCCAGGAUACGAGCCAGUGCCGCGAGGACGCCCAGAACUACCUCGCCUGUCGCAUGGACAACAAUCUUAUGGAAAGAACCGAGUGGUCCAAGUUGGGUUUUCACAGCGACAGCAAGCCGGCAAAGGAAGAGAAACAAGACAGUAGCAAUUAGUCAUACAAAUAAUCAUGAAACCAGAACGUAAUGUGAUCCUGGCGGCCACGGGCAGUGUGGCCACCAUCAAAAUGUCCCAAUUAAUCAAGGAGCUCUCCGACGAAAGCCUGCCCUUUAAAAUCCACGUAAAAGUCCUCAUCACUGAGUCGGCCAAGCAC